AUGCUGUACCAGCGCCAGAUCAAGAUGACCUUGAUUUCCGGAUAUCACGAUGAUUUGCGCAAGAAGGAGAAGAGAAAAAGAAGGUCGGCCUCCCCGAAAGCACCUCCAGGUGGCAGCUAUCGCAUACCAGCGCAGGGUCAGUUGCAAAUCGUGCUGAAAAACCCCAACAAUACUGCAGUCAAGCUUUUCCUUGUCCCUUACGACCUUUCCGAUAUGGAGCCUGGACAAAAGACAUUCAUUAGGCAGCGUAGUUAUUCCGCAGGUCCUAUCAUCGACAUGCCAACGCAAUCACGGAAGAAUCUAGGCACGAAUCGUCCUGAAGCCGCACUCAGCAAUUCAGAAGACCCCAACGACCGGCCGAUCCUGCGAUACCUUAUUCAUCUACACAUAUGCUGCCCAUAUAAAGGUCGAUACUAUCUGUACAAGAGCAUCCGAGUCGUAUUCGCCAACCGUGUCCCUGACGGCAAAGAGAAACUCCGAAACGAGAUCCAACUCCCAGAGCCCAGAUACAGCACCUACAAACCCAUGCGCGACUCCGCAGCCGCACAACACGCCUCACCGCAAAUCAUAUCCGACAAAGCAAACCGCCGCCGCAGCGCAGCAUGGCCCCUCUCCCGUCCCCAACAAACCUACGAUCAAAUCGACGGCCUCGCGCAACGCCCAAACCAACCACCUCCCGCCCUCAAAUUUACCGGCGGAAACUCGACAUCCAGCAGCUUCAACUCUCCGCUUCCGGAUCUGCAGCCAAUACCGUUUAGUCUCACGCGCCUCGCAGCCAUCGAGUCCCGCCCCGUGUCCCGCGACCACAUGGACAUCGACACUAAACCGCCCUUCAAAACGCCCGUUGCGUCGCCAAAAUCUGGGCUGGGAAGCCCUGGCACGUUCGAGAAGCUGAGUAGAGGGGAUGUAGGGUACGGAGGGAUGGCGAGUCCGACGAGUCCGCCGAGUGCGGGAUUGUUGAGCCAGAGGUUGAGGGGGUUGGAGGUGGAGGGGGUGAGGGACGAGGAAUAG